UGCACAGCCACACCAAGUCUUGUGCUAUUAGCAACAAGAAUCCAUCUAGCCUUCGAGGCACCUGAAGCACAGCGACCAGUUACAUUCCACUAAGGCCGCAGCCUCCUAAUCCCUAUAAUGGCUUCUGUCGCAUCGUCGAAUACCCUCAAAUCACAUACAUCUCCCUCGAAACCCUCCUCUACUCGUACUUACGAUGCGAAGCUUGUUUCGCGAGAAAUGCACCGCCUCGGAACCCUCGCAGGUCUUAAUCCGAGCAUUACCCCUUCACUAUCCACAGGUCCUGUUGCACCUCCUCUCGCGCUCGCACCAUCAACCUCGCCAUCUAGCAGUGGCAUUGCAAGUGCCGCUGCACUUCAUUCCAGCGCGUCAAGCGCGGGUAUAACGGACAAGGAUAAUCCCUGGCGCACACUGCAUGUGCAUGUCCUCCCCCUGUUCAAUGAAGAGCCAUUGCGUGUACCCAUAGAAGACCUCAACGCCCUUGUACGGCGGCAUAUCCAAACGAUACUAGCUGUGUCCCCUUCGAAAACCCUCGCGACUCUCGAAACAGACGCGCGUGAGCUCAUUGCAGCAGGCAUGGUCACUCUCAACGCCAAACUAUCUAAUAUAUCAGACGAAAUACUAUUGGGCCGUGUUACUGAGAUCUGGGGCUUUUUCUGGGACCAAAUACUCCCAUAUAUCGAAGGGGUCCUAUUACCGUUGCAAACUGAUCCCUUACUGACCUCACUACAUCGUACGCAAAAACAACAUCGGACGUCUUCGCCUACGCGACAAGGCGGUAAACUGGGUGGCUCAUCAGCGCUAUCCUCGCUAUCUCCGACGAUUGACGUUCGCAGCGUGGCUUUAUGUGCGUUUCGUGAUCGUGUCGUGCUUCCUGUCCAUGGCCGUCUACAUAAUCUGCUGUCGCCUCCUUAUGGGAAAGACAUGCUUGCACGGCUAAGUCCCUUCCGCCAACCGAGAUUGCAGCAGAUGUUGCUAGUACUUACAUCUGAGCGGCGGGUCCGCUCUCCCUCUCCGCCCCUUUCACUACACACACCUGCAAUUCAGCCUUCGGCAGGCGAGGCAGCAAUCGAGUCUCUGCUCCGCCUAGUCUCGAACCAGCGGGUUUCGCAUGGACAUGGUCUCGCACCUCGGGCAGCCACGCCCAGUUUCCUGUCUGCCGGGCGUCCACGUGAUCGACGGGGGCGAAUUGGCUCCUCCGGAGCGGCGAGUGUACUUGGGAUUGUUGGCGGGUGGGCAGCGAUGCCCACACAGACAGAUGAGCGGGAGGAAGAAGAAGAAGAGGGUGGAGAGACUCCGAAAAUUGGGGGGAUUGAUAAAGGGCUGACGAAGCCGUAUCACCAGCGUGGGGGUGGGUGGGGUCUUGGAGCUGGGAACGAGGACAUUAUCAGGCCAGUUGAAGAAGACGAUGAUGACGACGCAUUAGACUGGGCUCAAGCUCAGGCUGUGGUCGAGAAGUUGGUAGGGAUAAAACCCAUUGAAGCUGUUGCCGAUUCGCGCAGAAGGGCAACUUAGCUGAUAUGACUGAUGGGUGUCUUCAGUGUUGAUCGUCUGUGGACUGAUACUGUACCUUGCUACGGGUAUGGCCGCUUCCUGUAUCUCGUGUUCCUAUUUGCCCCAAAGCUGAUAUCUCGCAUGAAGAAUACUUAGAAAGGAGUACUAGUUGGACCUUCAUUGACACGACAUUUCAUAGCUUUGUCUAUCCUGAUCAAUCUUUGGAGUGUCGUGUUGAUGAGCAGCAGCAUCCGAUCGCUCUCAUGUACACAGUGGCCAGUGGUACAAAAGAGAUCACCGUUACUGAUAUGCACUCCCCGAGAGGAUGUAUUGCAAAAAAGCGAUUCCUUCAUUGAUGUCGAUAAAAGGCGACAAACUUUCAC